AUGGACGACCCUUUGGAUUUCGAGGUAGAAGACGACCUUCUCGUAUCCCUUCCAAUCAACAACAAAAGGAAGAAAGUUAUUGGGUUGGAUGAUCUUCUUAAUGAUCACUACAAGGAACAGGAAAAGCUUUUAGAGAAACAGAAUAAGCAGACAAAGAAGAAGGCUAAGGCAAAGGAAAAAAAGAAAUACGACGACGAAGAUCGUAGGGAAGCUGCAUUGGUUCGGAUUGUUGAGAAAUGUCACAAUCAGUUGAAAGCUUUUGGAGAAGAAAAUGAAAUUCAUGUUUGGGGGGUUUACGUUUUUGGCGAGCAGAAGCCUUUUCCUGCUUUGGACAUUCCUGAGCUUGGAAGUUGUAACUUCAUACAAUCUUUUUUGAACAACAGACUAAACUCCUUGGUCGGGUUGACUGCAGACAAAGGAGAUAAUUUUCUUGAAAGGUUAUUAGUCAAUGGUUGGCUUUCAAAAUUAGCUUUCCUUUCCGGCCUUGUUGAAAAACCUGUAGCUAUUUGUGCCUUCAACACAAUGUUAUACUCAUCAAAAGAAGAACUACAAAAUUCUUCUAGUGAUUAUUGGUGCACAAUUCUCUCUUCUAGAAAGGAGGUUGAUCAACUUUCUGUCAAAAUUGAUUGGUUUCCAGAGUACUCAGAUUUGAGAAGCGCUCUUAACAUUUACGGGUUCCUCUUUAAGUUUUCAUCCAAUGCCGAGCAUGAAAGUUCAGAUUCUAAUCAUGGAGGUCCACCCCAAAAUAUUAGAGCUUGGAUCAGAUUUGUCACUUCUUGUUGUCGGAUAAGGAAUACAAAAGCUUUUUUCACAACUGUAGAAGCCGAAGAGAUAGUUGAAAUUAUUAUCUGUCUAUACCUAGAUCGUCGGAUUCAGGGGUUGUUGGUGCUUUUAAGUGACUGCAUGCAAGCAACUGUCAAUUACUUCACUGACCAAGAAUGGUGUGCAAGUUGUGAAAACAUAGCGAAGUUCAUUGCUUCCAGAGUCUCAAAGGAUUUGAAUUGUAUCCGGACUGUUGAAUGUGUUUCAAAAGAUAGUUCUCGUUGUAAGCAACUUAGGAGCGCUAUUGCCUAUCAAAACCUGCUUUAUUGUUUUGACGAGGCCAACAGUGGAGAAGAGAUCCUCAAAUCACUUGAUGCAAUUAACUUCAAAGACAAAAGUUGCAAUUUCUUCAAAAUAUACAUUUACUUGGUAUUGACAGAGAAUUGGGUUUUGUCAAACAACUUGUUUGUUGAAGACAAUCCAGUAAUCUAUGAGAUGUUCUGUUCUUUUCUUAGAAAUUGUUCUACCUUAAUUUCAGCGACAGACCUACGAGCAUACGCAUCAAAGGUUCGUCACAGGGCUUCGUAUCUUCUGCAUUUCUACUUCUAA